ACUCGCCCGCCGCCUCCCUCAGUGGCUGCCGUCUCGACGCCGUCUUCCAGCAUUCUUGAUCUGAGCCAGAUUAGUUAGAAGUUUGGAGGGAGGAAACACGGCAGAGCAGAUCUGCGCCGCUUCCCGGAGCCAACCGGUUUUUUCUCAGACUGCUGCCGGGAGCUCCGCUUUCCGUGCUGCACCGGCCCUCAGUAACAGCGAGUCACGUGAGCAGAAGUGUGAGGCCGUCGUGAGGAUGCCGUCGGUGUCGAUAUCUGGAGGCGUGGGCGGGCGCGCGCCGGCCGCGGCGCUGCUGGAGGACAGCGAGCGCGCCUUCGAGCGCGGCCUAGUCACCAGGUUCUCCGCCGAGUACGAGCAGCGCCGGCGCCAGGAGGCCGCCGCCGCCGCGGAGGCCGACGCCGCCGUCGCCGACGAGGCGGGCGAGGCGCCGCUCGUCGUGGAGCUGGCGGAGCUGUACGCGCGGGACAACUCGCGCCCGCACCACACGGACCAGUACGAGCUGGUGCAGUUCGGCACGCCCGUGCUGCGCCGCGGGCUGCCCUUCUUCGUCGCGCUGCGCUUCACCAGGCCCUUCGAUGACGCCGCGGACGUGCUGCGCCUGCAGUUCAACUUCGGUCCGCAGCCAUCGGUGACGAAGGGCACGUGCGUGAUCCUGGCGGUGACGCAGCAGCAGUCGCUGACCGACGACAAGCGCCUUUGGGACGCCAAGGUGCACCACCAGGACGGGACCACGCUCACGCUGCAGGUGCAGAUAUCGACGGUGGCGCCGGUGGGCGUGUGGCGGUGCGUCGUGCAGAGCAGCCGGGCUGACCGCCGUGACGUCAGACGCAGCUACGAGCACGACACGGACGUCUACGUGCUCUUCAAUCCCUGGUGCAAAGAGGACCAGGUGCACCUGGAGAAGGAGGAGCUGCGGCGCGAGUACGUGCUGGCGGACACUGGCAAGGUGUGGCUGGGCUCGGCGCGCCGGCCGCGCGGCCGCCGCUGGGUGUUCGGCCAGUUCGACGACGCCGUGCUGCCCGCCGUGGCGCUGCUGCUCGAGAGGGCGGCGCUGCCGCACGCGCUGCGCGGGGACCCGGUCGCCGUCGCCAGGGCCAUCUCCGCCGUGGUGAACAGCAACGAUGACCGCGGGCUGCUGUGGGGCCGGUGGCGCGGGCCGUACGCGGAGGGCACGGCGCCGCACGCUUGGACGGGCAGCGUCGCCAUCCUGGAGCAGUACCUGCGCUCUGGCGGCCGGCCCGUGCGCUACGGCCAGUGCUGGGUCUUCUCCGCCGCCACCGUCACAGUGUGCCGGGCGCUGGGUCUGCCGUGCCGCUCCAUCACCAACUACGUGUCGGCGCACGACACGAACCGCUCGCUGACGCUGGACAAGUACUUCACCAGGGACGGCGAGCAGAUGGCGUGCGGCCCUGGAGGCUGCCGACCCGACAUCUGCUGGAACUUUCACGUCUGGAACGAGGUCUGGAUGCAGCGGCCCGACCUGCCGCCAGGAUACGGCGGCUGGCAGGUCAUCGACGCCACUCCACAAGAGAAGAGCGACGAGCGCUACCGCUGCGGCCCGGCGUCUGUGGAGGCGGUGAAGCGCGGCGAGGUGGGCUACCAGUAUGACGCGCCCUUCGUCUUCUCGGAGGUCAACGCAGACCUCUGCCACUUCAUAGAGGACAACACUUCCGAGUGGGGCUUCUCCAGGCUCUCCAUCAACCAGUAUCAUGUUGGACAGCGCAUUGUGACGAAAAGAGCAGAGAAAGACGAUGACGAGGGCGACACGGAUCUGGAGGACAUCACGAGUCAAUACAAGGACCCUGAAGGUUCGCACGAGGAGCGCCUGGCCGUGCUGAACGCGGCGCGCUUCCUGCCCAUGGCGCGCUGCCACUACGAGCUGCCGUCCACCGACAACCACGACGUCGCCUUCGACCUAGUCGAGAUCGAGAACGUCCAGCUGGGCCACGCUUUCAGCGUCACUGUCCACAUACACAACAAGGCAGAAGAGCAGCGCACCAUCACGGCCAUCCUGUCCGCGUGCUCCGUGCUCUACACCGGAGCCACCGCACACAGGCUGAAGCGCGCCAACGGCGAGUUCAUCAUACAGGGCGGACAGCGUGAGAUACUUCGUAUCCAGAUAAUGCCUCAAGAGUACUUGGACAAGCUCGUGGACCACAAUCUGGUCAAGAUAUACGCCAUCGCCAGUGUGAAGGAGACGCGUCAGACCUGGAGCGAGGAGGAUGACUUCCCCUUCAUCAACCCCAAACUGAGCAUACAGAUCCGAGGCAGCUGCCAGGUGGGCCAGACCAGCCAGGCGACGUUCACGUUCCAGAACCCACUCAACAGGCUGCUCACCGACUGCACCUUCACCAUUGAGGGACCAGGCCUCAACCGACCAAAGGUCAUCCCAUUUAGGGACGUGAAGCCGGGAGAGCUGGUGUCUUUCACGGAGACGUUCCGGCCGCGCAAGGUGGGCGACCGCAAGCUGGUGGCGACGUUCUGCUCACAGCAGCUGCCGGAGGUGAGCGGCGCCGCCACGGUCAGCGUGCAGCCCUAGGGCCGGCUGCCGCCGCCGCCGCCGCUGCCGCCAGGGGCGCUGAGGGCGCGCCGCGCGGGCGUCUGCCGCCACGGCCGGCGCUACUGCUCGCUCUACGACCUCACGCUGCUCUGGAGGGACGCCGGCGCCGCCGCCGCCGCCGCCCCCGCCGACCUCCGCGACGUCGUCGCCUCCAGAUUCGCGAGCAGCCUGUCGCUCGACCACUAUCACUGAUGAGACUUAGCUCCUCCGCAGCCCUGCCAGCGCCAGAACACCACUCCUUAACUGGAGCUGUCUACACCAAAAAAUAGUGCUUCGAGCACUGUUGUUAUAGUCGUACUACUAACAAAGUAACACAAACAUAGAAGACUAAGCUGAUGUCACGAGCAACGACCUCUGCAGUGUAAGGUGCAUGUUGUUCGCCUAGGAAGAACUAAUAACUAAUACGCAUAAAUAUCACUAAUGACGUAAAGUGAUUUCUAACGUGAAACGGCUGAUUAUGACCACUGAGGCAUACAAUACGCUCACCAGCACUCGCAUAACUACGCUAGUUACAGAGCUUAAUGAGUAGUUCAGGUCGUAAGAAUCGUAGGAGGCGCAUCGGUGAAAUCGAUUUCACAUAAAUAAUUCAGCUCUCUCCCUACAGAGAGAAUGUUUUUAAUGUGUUAUUCAGAAGCUCUGCUCCCUCUUCGUCCUACUUUCUGCGCUAUGCAGUCUUCUCCUGUUCAAUUGUUAUUUUUAUUCCUUCUAAUUGUUGUUUUAUGACGUCCACUACCCAUUCAGAAUUCGUAAGAGACCUUUUUGUUACUGCAACGUAAGUUCUUUGGUGAGGACUUGACCAGUUUGUAAUAAAACUGCCAACGAAUGGGUAACACAUCUCAAGUGUGGGCUACACGACUUGAUAUAAAUCAAUAGUCUAUAAAGAUCGCGCUAUCCUACUGGCAGGUAGAGAGAAGAAUAUUCAUUUCAUUCAUCAACGUCAGUAAUGAACUGACGAACAGAGAAUGCAGAAAUAACGGGCAGAAUGUAACAUCCAUGUAAUAAGCUUUAGGAGUCGUUAUACAUACGUCGAAAUCAUAAAAUAUGCACAGUUUUAUUAGAAACGUCGGAAACUCUGUAUCAGAAAACUGGUAUGGUUAUAGUGCCGAUCAGCUGCCUUUCAGUUCGUAGCCGUUACAAAACACAGGGCUUCGUACGCGGCUUUUGAUUAAGUUUAUUCUACUGCACUCUACCUCCUAGACAAACCAGGAUAUCGUGUUCAUAUAUAGUGUCGGACCAAAACAGAGACCUGAGUUAUCGACCCGACUGGAGACCCAAGAAAUUUAACCAAGAAAAAGUUGUUCGAAGCCUUCAUUCUUAAAACUUCCUAAGCUGGUUAAUUUUAUUUCUCACAGGAUACUUAUGUAUCAAGCUGCGGAAUUAUUCAGCAACCUGUUGUUGCUGUAAAGAUGGGCCCUUAUACAAUGUCACUGUCCUGCAUUUUCACGUUAAGAAAGCACAAUAUUACGAAGCUAUGACUGGGACGACUGUAAGCUAAAUUGUUUCUUGGACACUUGGACUCUCCUCUAACUGCUAGUCUUAGUUUGUAUAAACAUGACUUUCCCGUCACCUCAUAUGAGCUUUUGCAGUGGUUGCACUAUAUUCUGUAUAAUCUAACCAAUAUAUAUAACUGGCUAUGAAAUUACACUUUUCUGUUGUGUUUCGGAGAAGAGAAGCUUUUCAUGACUUGAGAACAAGUAAAAAUCGUAAUAUCGAGUAUAAUUUUUUACAGUUCGCCUUAUUUUCACCAUCGGAUAAGGAACGGAAAACAAGAACGUCCUCUGCACACUGAAUUUCGAGGUAUUCGAAUCUCGCCGUUUUUGUUUCGCCGUACUUUAGGUGGAACUCAAGAAACACCGGAGGCUCUCUGCUUCUUUUAUAUGCAGAGUAAAGUGGCUUCACAUAGCCGCGGCAUGAGCGUGUUUAGUCUCAUGCUUAUUGUUGUUUUCCUUCAUUUGAUAAAUAACGUGGUCUGUUAUCAGGUAGUGGCGCUAUUUUGAAAACUGUUAACCUACGUUAACUGUAAUCCUUACCAGAGAGUCUCAAGAACGCCUCAUUCGCGCUGGAUCUAGUUUACGUUCGUUUUUCUUUAAGUAAGAAAUUGCCAAUGGAUAUUCGAACUUAAUUGUCACACCAACAGCUGGAUAGUGCAAUGACAUGAAAAAUCUGUGUUAAAGCAGUGACAGGAUAAUCUUGUAUUUAAAAUUUUCUUUCAUAUUGAGAUAGAUACAACAUUUUUCAGCAGACAUGCGAUUCAUCCGCCUAAGAAAUUUUUUUCCAUUGCAUGCAACGUUAAAUAUAGCCUUUAUACAAUUUAUUAGCAAUACACUCAUUUAGAACGUUUUUGUUCGAACCUCUUAAUAACUUUGAUCUCCACAAGCAAUUUAUUUAUGUGAAAAAUAGGUGGGAAUAAACUUCGUCCUAACUUCACAGGUAGGUCAAUAGAGAUGAAGACUUUGGUUGACAACAUGUACUUACAGCCAGGUGCAAAUAAAUCUAUUAAUGAGGGGUAGUUUUUCAUUAUGCGGAACGUAUAAUUCUUGAUGUUCUAUAUUUUCUAUUAUAAUUGCAUCUCAUAACAUCACGUUCCCAGUGACCAGAAACGCUGAACAGAUGGGUAAGUAGAUACUGUAAGCCAUGUGUUUGUUACUAAGUUCUUUCCACUGCGAUGCAAUGAAAGCAAACUUGCGGUAUGAAGCAGAGACAGCAAAACAGUUAUUCUGGUGUGAAUUCAGUAUCCAGGGUCACGAGAUCGACGCUAAUUUUCUGAGACAUCAAAGAGUGAAGUGAAGUUAACAUGUGUCACACAACAGUUUCUGGGGUUUACAGGCAUACCCACUUACUCUAAAGUGGUGAAACGCCACGAAGUGCCUUCUUGCGAUAGGCUGAUGAUUCAUAUACUAAACUGUGACACAAACAAAUGUGAUAUUUAGCAUGCACUAGUGGCUGAAUAAUUAAAAAACAGUAAACAUCAGUAGUUCGAGAGUGAGAAGUACACUUUGAGAGUUCUUCACACACCAUUCGACUUAAGCUGCACAUAGAGCGAAAACGUGAUGGAAAAGGACACAUUUCAUCGAUGAAUUAGCUUAUAUCUAAUGUUGUAGAAACGCCGUUAGCAUUUAACAGGCAAUUAAUCACUGUCGCACACUUACUGUUAAUGCUUAGAGUUUGGUACUAAUUAUAGACGUGCAUAUGUGUAAAUUAGGCUGAAAUUUGUGUAUUAAAACAAUGUUGUAGAUUAGAGUUAGAGUUGCAAUACAUAUCUCAUACCAUAAGUGAUAUUUUUUAUCAAUCAUUGUAUCAAUUAUAACACUGCCAUUAACAUUUAAGGACCUGCUUUCCCAGUGAUCUUCAGUAUGGUAUUAAUAUCGCUGAGUAAUAAAAGCAGCGUGUGUAUAGACUUUAUAACAUAGAAUAUUUAGAAUCGUAUUUUAUCUGUAUAAUCUAGUUUAAGUUUGUCACAGUAUUUUGUGAUUUUUGCAACAUAUAUAAAUGUUUAACCUGUGAUCCAGUAAAAUAUGUUCACACCAGUC